AUGGACCACUCGGCCCUAGUCUUCGCCUCCGUCUUCCCCGUCCUCUCGCUCUCGCACACGACGCCGACGCCGAUUGCCACUCCAGAUAUCGGGUACACUGCGCCUGGAGCCUCGUUUGGCAGCCCGUAUGCUACAAGGAGCGCCGCCGAUGCGCAGGCACAGGGACAUGGACAGCAUAGAGCGGUCCGGCGGGGCAUGGCAUGGAGUUGCGCAACGCGAUUCCUGAGUCUGCCAAAGGGUGUCACGAUGCCACCGGGUCUACAUCGGACGAGAGAAACGGAAGACGCGCUCAACUACCUGCUACUCGGCGAUGGCAGGAGCGAGGACGGCAGGGAAGAGGGCUUAGUGGACUGGUAUACGAAUGAGUGUCGGUUGCACUUUGCAAGCAACGUCAGGCCAGAUCUCGAAGAGCUUUGGGCGCAGGAAGUAGAGCUUCAGCAUGCGUGGAAUGUUUUGGAAGAGACGCAGCGGAUACUGCAAUUGGCGCAGGAUCUGUACUUGCAGUUGUUCAAUGAACACUUGCUGCCGUUCCUUCAGCAGGGUGCGAAGAAUACGACGCUCCGGACCAGUAGACCUACUCAGGUCGACGAAUCGAAUGCGGCGGAUGUUGCGAGUGGGAAGUUUCAGCGAGACACGCAUGCGGUCUUUGCACAUUGUCUGCCGUUGCAGCGGUACACGAAGACGCUGAGUUAUGUUCUGUAUGAUGCGGGAUGCAGACUGUUUCGCAUCUAUACGCGGCAUGAUGGUGUGCAACCAAGUCUGACGCCCGAGGACACGCGGGAAGUCCGGCAGCGGAUGACUACGCUCUUGCGAGGUCUGGAAAAGGUCGGUCUAGGUGGUGAUAUUGCACAGCGAGCGUUUGCGCAUACCAUGAACAAGCUACUCGACUCCUUCAUCACCAGUCACUACCUGAAGGUGGACUGGUACUCGCAGACCUCUGUCGUCCCGCAGCUUUACAUGUGGAUCCGAGACGGCUUCUGUCCGCUCGCGGAGCUGGUGCUGGAGUGUCUACGGUGUGAGCAGAGUACUAUUCUGCCCACCGAAGUCUCUUCGUGGCAAGAAAUGGCCCUGGGCCGACUCGGACGGGCUAGGGUUGACAACCUCUUUGAUUUCGUCAUCAACUGGGAUGCCAGUCUGGGUGCUAUCCUUGAUAUCAAAGAGUACCUUAGAGUCGCUGGUGCCAAGCAACAUCUCACAUCGAGCUUCUCGCAGCAAAUAUCGAGACGGCUACUGCAUCCCGGCGCUACAACGACGUAUAUUCUCAACGUGUACAUUUCCAUUAUUCGCUCGUUCCACACGUUGGAGCCCAAGGGAGUGCUGCUCGAGAGGGUUGCGAGACCUGUCCGGCGCUAUCUCAAGGAUCGAGAGGACACGGCUAGGAUCAUCAUUUCCAGUCUGCUUACCGACAUCAACGAUGAAACGGGUAGCAAGUUCUCUUCCAACAGUGAGCUAUCGUAUGAGAUUGCUAGCGAGAUGGCGAAACCAUUUGCCAACUUUGGGCAAGAGGCAGACGAGGAAUUGAAUUGGGGAGACAUGAACUGGCAACCUUUGCCACAGGAUGCAUCGCCCGAAUACAAAAAGUCCAAGGUGGAGGAUGUGAUUUGGUUUCUCUUGACUCUAUGGGAUCGAGACGAUUUCGUCAAUGAGCUGAAGAACAUAUACGGAGACCAUCUUCUCCGAUGUCAAGAUCCGGAAUAUGAAAAGGAGAUCAGACUGCUCGAGCUGAUCAAGAUGCGAUUGGGCGACGACAAAUUGCAAGCAUGUGAAGUCAUGCUGCGUGACGUGCUCGACUCGAAACGCAUCAACACUUCCAUUCGCGCCACCCUCGACUCCUCCACUGACCCCGUCACACCGGGAAACCACAACAGAGAACCACACACGCCUCCUGAUCGACAUCUCCGUACACCACGCCGUCCCACGAGAUCAACAGCCCAACUUCACCCUACCACACCACCCGCCCAACCAUCCGCCGGCCCAACCCUCAAUGCCCAAAUCCUGUCCUCCUUCUUCUGGCCUCUGCUGCGCGACGACACAUUCCGCGUCCCGGCAGAAAUCGAAAGCCUCCAGAAGGAAUACGAAGCCCGAUUCGAACAGAUCAAGGGCAUGCGUAAGCUCCGCUGGAUGAACGCGCUCGGCGACGCCUCCAUCACCCUCUCCUUUGAAGACCGCACUGAGGAUUUCAACAACCUCACACCUUGGCAAGUCAGCCUCAUCCACGCCUUUCAGCCCUUGCCCUCGGAAACUCAAACACAACCACCACCACCUUCCCAUACAACCACAUCCAAAAAGCGCACCACCAAACCCCCCAACCACAACAACAACAACGAACCCAUCUCCCGCACCCUCCCCCAACUCCAAUCCAUGCUCUCCAUGGACCCCGCCCUCCUCCACCAAUCCCUCUCCUUCUGGAUCGGCAAAAACGUCCUCGUCGAAUCCGCCCCCCACACCUACACCGUCCGCGAACGCCUCCCCUCUUCCCGCAGCUCCGCAGACCACGACGCCGCCGCCGCCGCCCAGGAAUUGGCUUCCAUGCAGGCCCAAGAGUCGACUGUUGCCGUCAAGUCGCACGCCGAUUUGCUCGCGGAGAAGAGGGAUGUGUAUGAGGCGUUUAUAUUGGGGAUGCUGACUAAUCAGGGGGAUCUGAGUACGCAGCGUAUUGCGCUGAUGAUGCGGAUGAUGGUGCAGGGGGGGUUUCCGUUUGGUGAGGAUGAGGUCGAGGGGUUGUUGGGGGGGUUAGAGGAGGGGGGGAGGGUGGUGGGGGUUGGUGGGGGGGUUUGGGGGGUUAGGAAGUAG